AUGAUGCAUCCCAAGAUGGACGCAGGCAUGGGGGGGGCCAAGGGGGGAGGCGGGGGGGAAAUCGGGGGGGAAAUCGGGGGGGAAGGAGGGGGCGCAGAGGGGGCGAGGGGGGAGGUGGAGAGUGUGGGGGAGGCGAUGGAGCGAGGGCUGCUGCCGCUGCCUCUGCCAGUGCACCGCAUUGUGGACCUCUGUGACGCGCUGCUGUGUGCUGAGCCCCCUCCCGCUCCUGUCCUCUGUCGGCCCAUGGCAUCGUGGACCUUUGUAACGCACUGCUGUGUGCUGAGGUGUGCUGCUGUUUGCAAUUGUCCUGCUGCCCUGCAAAACGCUGUGCUGCUGGUGCCCCCCCGUGCCGUCUCCUUCCCCACUUCCUUCUUCCAAUCCCCGCCACUCCCACUGUGUGGCGGUUCAGCCCCUCUCGCCACUCCUACUGUGUGGCGUUUCAGUCCCUCUCGCCACUCCAUGCGCCCCCUGUUCGCCCGCACUCCCCUCUGCCUUAUCCCUCCCCCUCUCCCCCCCCUCCCAGGCCACGUGGCACAGCGGGCACAGCCUGCCCCAAACCGUAUUCACCUGCGCCUACCUGCUGUUGCCGCCCCUUCAAGCCCUUUGUGCGCCACAUUCCCCACUGCCUCAUGCCUUCCUCUCUCGCCCCCUGUUGCUUCCUCUCCCCUCCAUCCCCUCCCCACAGGCGACAUGGCACAGCGGGCACAGCCUACCCCAAACCGUAUUCACCUGCGCCUACCUGCUGUUGCCGCCCCUUCAAGCCCUUUGUGCGCCACAUUCCCCACUGCCUCAUGCCUUCCUCUCUCGCCCCCUGUUGCUUCCUCUCCCCUCCAUCCCCUCCCCACAGGCGACAUGGCACAGCGGGCACAGCCUACCCCAAACCGUAUUCACCUGCGCCUACCUGCUGUUGCCGCCCCUUCAAGCCCUUUGUGCGCCACAUUCCCCACUGCCUCAUGCCUUCCUCUCUCGCCCCCUGUUGCUUCCUCUCCCCUCCAUCCCAUCCCCACAGGCGACAUGGCACAGCGGGCACAGCCUGCCCCAAACCGUAUUCACCUGCGCCUACCUGCUGUUGCCGCCCCUUCAAGCCCUUUGUGCGCCACAUUCCCCACUGCCUCAUGCCUUCCUCUCUCGCCCCCUGUUGCUUCCUCUCCCCUCCAUCCCCUCCCCACAGGCGACAUGGCACAGCGGGCACAGCCUGCCCCAAACCGUAUUCACCUGCGCCUACCUGCUGUUGCCGCCCCUUCAAGCCCUUUGUGCGCCACAUUCCCCACUGCCUCAUGCCUUCCUCUCUCGCCCCCUGUUGCUUCCUCUCCCCUCCAUCCCCUCCCCACAGGCGACAUGGCACAGCGGGCACAGCCUACCCCAAACCGUAUUCACCUGCGCCUACCUGCUGUUGCCGCCCCUUCAAGCCCUUUGUGCGCCACAUUCCCCACUGCCUCAUGCCUUCCUCUCUCGCCCCCUGUUGCUUCCUCUCCCCUCCAUCCCCUCCCCACAGGCGACAUGGCACAGCGGGCACAGCCUACCCCAAACCGUAUUCACCUGCGCCUACCUGCUGUUGCCGCCCCUUCAAGCCCUUUGUGCGCCACAUUCCCCACUGCCUCAUGCCUUCCUCUCUCGCCCCCUGUUGCUUCCUCUCCCCUCCAUCCCCUCCCCACAGGCGACAUGGCACAGCGGGCACAGCCUGCCCCAAACCGUAUUCACCUGCGCCUACCUGCUGUUGCCGCCCCUUCAAGCCCUUUGUGCGCCACAUUCCCCACUGCCUCAUGCCUUCCUCUCUCGCCCCCUGUUGCUUCCUCUCCCCUCCAUCCCCUCCCCACAGGCGACAUGGCACAGCGGGCACAGCCUACCCCAAACCGUAUUCACCUGCGCCUACCUGCUGUUGCCGCCCCUUCAAGCCCUUUGUGCGCCACAUUCCCUACUGCCUCAUGCCUUCCUCUCUCGCCCCCUGUUGCUUCCUCUCCCCUCCAUCCCCUCCCCACAGGCGACAUGGCACAGCGGGCACAGCCUGCCCCAAACCGUAUUCACCUGCGCCUACCUGCUGUUGCCGCCCCUUCAAGCCCUUUGUGCGCCACAUUCCCCACUGCCUCAUGCCUUCCUCUCUCGCCCCCUGUUGCUUCCUCUCCCCUCCAUCCCCUCCCCACAGGCGACAUGGCACAGCGGGCACAGCCUGCCCCAGACCGUAUUCACCUGCGCCUACCUGCUGUUGCCGCCCCUUCAAGCCCUUUGUGCGCCACAUUCCCCACUGCCUCAUGCCUUCCUCUCUCGCCCCCUGUUGCUUCCUCUCCCCUCCAUCCCCUCCCCACAGGCGACAUGGCACAGCGGGCACAGCCUGCCCCAAACCGUAUUCACCUGCGCCUACCUGCUGUUGCCGCCCCUUCAAGCCCUUUGUGCGCCACAUUCCCCACUGCCUCAUGCCUUCCUCUCUCGCCCCCUGUUGCUUCCUCUCCCCUCCAUCCCCUCCCCACAGGCGACAUGGCACAGCGGGCACAGCCUGCCCCAAACCGUAUUCACCUGCGCCUACCUGCUGUUGCCGCCCCUUCAAGCCCUUUGUGCGCCACAUUCCCCACUGCCUCAUGCCUUCCUCUCUCGCCCCCUGUUGCUUCCUCUCCCCUCCAUCCCCUCCCCACAGGCGACAUGGCACAGCGGGCACAGCCUACCCCAAACCGUAUUCACCUGCGCCUACCUGCUGUUGCCGCCCCUUCAAGCCCUUUGUGCGCCACAUUCCCUACUGCCUCAUGCCUUCCUCUCUCGCCCCCUGUUGCUUCCUCUCCCCUCCAUCCCCUCCCCACAGGCGACAUGGCACAGCGGGCACAGCCUACCCCAAACCGUAUUCACCUGCGCCUACCUGCUGUUGCCGCCCCUUCAAGCCCUUUGUGCGCCACAUUCCCCACUGCCUCAUGCCUUCCUCUCUCGCCCCCUGUUGCUUCCUCUCCCCUCCAUCCCCUCCCCACAGGCGACAUGGCACAGCGGGCACAGCCUGCCCCAAACCGUAUUCACCUGCGCCUACCUGCUGUUGCCGCCCCUUCAAGCCCUUUGUGCGCCACAUUCCCCACUGCCUCAUGCCUUCCUCUCUCGCCCCCUGUUGCUUCCUCUCCCCUCCAUCCCCUCCCCACAGGCGACAUGGCACAGCGGGCACAGCCUACCCCAAACCGUAUUCACCUGCGCCUACCUGCUGUUGCCGCCCCUUCAAGCCCUUUGUGCGCCACAUUCCCCACUGCCUCAUGCCUUCCUCUCUCGCCCCCUGUUGCUUCCUCUCCCCUCCAUCCCCUCCCCACAGGCGACAUGGCACAGCGGGCACAGCCUGCCCCAGACCGUAUUCACCUGCGCCUACCUGCUGCUGCCCCCGCUCGCCGCCCCUUCCGACUGCACGGCCUCCCCCUCCCCCUCCCCCUCCCCCUCCCCCCUCCCCCUCCCCCUCCCCCUCCCUCUCCUCGUCACCACUACUGCUGGCGCUGGUGUCAGCCACCCUCGCCUGAGGAGGACUUUGUGACGUCAGCAGGCGGCCUGCCUCUGGAGGGGCGAGUGGGGGAGGCAGCAGUGGCGCCGCUGAGAGCGCUGCUGGCGGGGAUUGAAGGCAGUGGGGAAGGGGACGCUCGGAAGGGAAAAGUGGCGCCACUCAGAGCACUUCUGGCGGGGUUGGAGGGGCAAGGAGCAGGUAUGAGGGGCGGACAGGUGCGGGGAUCAGGAAGAGGGCGAAGGGGCGAGUGGGUAGGCGGCAGUGCUGGGGAGGCGAGGGGGCAGGGAAGGUGGGGGAGCGCCAAGGGGACGGGGCAGGUGGAGAGGGGUCAGGGGUGGGAGUGGGAAUGGCCAGCGAGGGGGAGGCAGCAGCAUUGCCGCGCAGGGCACUGCUGGUGGGGCUGGAAGGCAGUGGCGAAUGGAGCAGGUGGGGACGAGGAGAGGUGUGGCAGGGGGGAGCUGUGUGGAGUGGGGGGGGUGGGAACUUCUGGUGUAGAGGAGUGUCACGCCGUCCCUCUUCCCCGCUACCUGUUGGCACGCCUGUCCCCUUCCCCGCUACCUGUUGGCACGCCUGUCCCCUUCCCCGCUACCUGUUGGCACGCCUGUCCCCUUCCCCGCUACCUGUUGGCACGCCUGUCCCCUUCCCCGCUACCUGUUGGCACGCCUGUCCCCUUCCCCGCUACCUGUUGGCACGCCUGUCCCCUUCCCCGCUACCUGUUGGCACGCCUGUCACCUUCCCCGCUACCUGUUGGCACGCCUGUCACCUUCCCCGCUACCUGUUGGCACGCCUGUCCCCUUCCCCGCUACCUGUUGGCACGCCUGUCACCUUCCCCGCUACCUGUUGGCACGCCUGUCACCUUCCCCGCUACCUGUUGGCACGCCUGUCCCCUUCCCCGCUACCUGUUGGCACGCGUGUCACCUUCCCCGCUACCUGUUGGCACGCCUGUCACCUUCCCCGCUACCUGUUGGCACGCCUGUCCCCUUCCCCGCUACCUGUUGGCACGCGUGUCACCUUCCCCGCUACCUGUUGCCUUUGCCUUUUUCACGAUCAUCAGCACUCGCAUCUUCACUCCCAUGCCAUCCGCCUGCGUUUACCGCUCCACACACCCCACACACCCAUGCAAGGAAGCAGAGGCAGUGCGUGAAAAGCAGCAGCAGGGCGACUCUGGGCUGGGCCCUGCUCUAUGUACUACCCUCAUGCGCAUGGCUUUGCAGGGAGUUUUUGAGAAUUCUCAAAAGCUCUCUGGGCUGGACCCUGCUCUCCGUACUACCCUCAUGCGCAUGGCUUUGCAGGGAGUUUUUGAGAAUUCUCAAAAGCUCUCUGGGCUGGACCCUGCUCUCCGUACUACCCUCAUGCGCAUGGCUUUGCAGGGAGUUUUUGAGAAUUCUCAAAAGCUCUCUGGGCUGGACCCUGCUCUCCGUACUACCCUCAUGCGCAUGGCUUUGCAGGGAGUUUUUGAGAAUUCUCAAAAGCUCUCUGGGCUGGACCCUGCUCUCCGUACUACCCUCAUGCGCAUGGCUUUGCAGGGAGUUUUUGAGAAUUCUCAAAAGCUCUCUGGGCUGGACCCUGCUCUCCGUACUACCCUCAUGCGCAUGGCUUGCCUGCCUCUCGCCUGGAAGGCACCAGCAUCAGGGCGCAAGGAGCAGCAGCAGGGCGACCCUGUGCUCUCUGGGCUGGACCCUGCUCUUCUCUCCGCGCUAACGGCCCGCAUGCAAUUCCGACUGGCUCUCUAUGACGCGCUCUCAGCACUCCAAACGGCCCGCCUGCCCGCCCAUCUGCCCGCCUGUGCGCUCAAGAUUCAGCUCGCCCAGACCGCCCUGCACAAACUCAAGAUCUCCUUGCCCCCGACUGCCCCCGCUGCUGGGGGAGAGGGAGGAGAAAGGGGAGAGGGGGAGCAGGCGGAGGGGGGGAGUGGGGGGCAGCAGACGGCGUCAGGAAGGGCGGCGCCGGGCAUGUGUCCGGCCAUCAACACCCAUCUGCUGCCGCCCACGCCGCCCCGUCCCACGCACCUGCUGACGUGGCACGAG